GAAAGCUCUCAGGCCGGGAUGGAUGAGGCCCGCAGGCCGGAGAGGGGCCCCAGAGGGGAGGUGGAGAUGGGGGGCCCCAGGGUAUGGCCGGUCUUGUCCGCCGUUAUCGCCCUGUCUACCAUUACCCGAUUCCACCGCCUGGGGGAGCCGCCACACGUCUGCUGGGAUGAGACACAUUUUGGAAAGAUGGGAAGUUAUUACAUCAACAGGACGUUUUUCUUCGAUGUGCACCCCCCUCUGGGGAAGAUGCUAAUUGGAUUGGCUGGACAUUUGACCGGAUACAACGGUUCCUUCUCCUUCCUGAAGCCUGGGCAGAGCUAUGGAGACCACAGCUACCUGGGCAUGAGAGGGUUCUGUGCCUUCCUAGGUUCCUGGCUCCCUCCAUUUGGCUUCUUCGUCAUCCUGCAGCUCUCUGGAUCGUUAUCAGCUGCCCUGCUGGCUGCUCUUCUCAUCCUGCUCGACACUGGCUGCAUCACACUGUCCCAGUACAUCUUACUGGAUCCCAUCCUCAUGUUCUUCAUCAUGGCCGCCGUUCUCAGUAUGGUCAAAUUUAACGCUUGUUCUGGCAGGCCAUUCAGCACCCUCUGGUGGUGGUGGCUGAUACUGACUGGUGUGAGUCUGGCCGGAGCGUUGGGGGUGAAGUUCGUCGGUCUGUUUGUGGUCAUCUUCGUUGGCCUGAACACAGCGAGGGACUUGUGGAGGCUGCUGGGAGAUCUCAGCCUGACGCUGGACGUUUUCCUGCGCCAUUUGGCCGCUCGUGUUGUCUGUCUUAUUGCUCUACCGCUUGCCCUGUACGCUCUCAUCUUUGCUGUGCAUUUCACCGUCCUUAAUAAGAGUGGUCCUGGCGAUGGUUUCUUCAGCUCCGCCUUCCAGUCCCGUCUAGAUGGAAACAAUCUGCACAAUGCCUCUAUGCCGGAGCAUUUGGCAUACGGAUCGGUUAUUACAUUGAAGAACAUGCGUACUGCCACUGGAUAUCUGCACUCACACUGGCAUCUGUACCCAGAAGGGGUGGGAGCUCGGCAGCAGCAGGUCACCACAUACUCACACAAAGACCAGAACAACUUUUGGGUCAUAAAGAAGCGAGACUCUGAUUAUGACCCUACAGGCCCGCUGGAGUUUGUACGUCAUGGCGACAUCAUCCGCUUUGAACACAAAACGACAGGCCGCAACCUGCACAGCCACCAGCGUGAGGCGCCACUGACUAAGAAACACCUGCAGGUUACAGCGUAUGGAACGAACGGGACCGGGGACACUAAUGAUUUCUGGAGAAUUGAGGUCUCUGGAGGGCGGAGCCCCGUGAAGGUUCUUCGCAGUCAGAUCCGAAUUUUGCACCUAUCCACAGGCUGCGUCCUUGGCUCCUCAGGGAAGACCCUUCCCAAGUGGGGAUGGGAGCAGGGGGAGGUCACGUGCAGUCCGUAUUCACGGGAGAGCCUCAGCACCAUGUGGAAUGUGGAGGACCACGAGAACCCGCGAUUGCCAAACAUCAGUGUCUCCAUCUUGAAGCCGUCGUUCCUGGAGAUCCUGUUGGAGUCGCAUGUUGUCAUGGUGCGGGCAAACAGUGGCCUUAAACCCAAAGAGCAUGAGUGACAUCAAAACCGUGGCACUGGCCAAUCAACUUUCAGGGUCUCCGCUUCUCCGGCAUUAAUGCUACAGACACCCGCGUUUAUCUCCUGGGAAAUCCGGUCAUCUGGUGGCUCAAUCUGGCCUGUCUGGGUGUGUACGCACUCCUGGUGGUCUGGGCAGCAGUCUCCCUCCAGCGUGGCCUAUGCCUGUCUGAACCAGUGAAAGAGAGUUACAUCCUACUCCUGGAGAGUGGAGGACCGCUGCUGCUGGGGUGGCUGCUGCAUUAUUGUCCAUUCUACUUCAUGGGUCGAGUGCUGUAUUACCACCAUUACUUCCCGGCCCUGCUCUUCUCCUGCAUGUUGACUGCACUGACACUCUCUGUCCUGUUGAAGUUGUCU